ACUGCCCUCGUACAUCCGCGGGAUGGCUCAAUCCAGUUCGCUUCGAAACAUGUGAGGAUGCAAGUCUAGUCGAUGCGCAUCACGCCGACGUCUCUUAGGGGGGUCCUUCCCCACCUCGGGAGUUCAUGAAAGAACGAUAAGCGGACGGACAGGCAUAGGAGAGACAGAGGGCGGCGGCCAUUAAAAUGAUCGCUGCUCGCUAUUAUACCUGCCUAUCAGUUUACAUUCUAGUCCCGUUCGUAAAUUUUCAAACCACAUAUUUUUACAAUGACUCAAGUUUCCCUCCUUCAAGAUAAAGAAAGUCCAGAGCCGUUCGAGACAUAUCUCGAGAAAUAUUGCGAGGAGUUCCGCACAUCACUUCCAGACAGAAAACAACCUACUAGACAGCGGGAAGCUAUACCUCUACUCGUUCCGGAACGCCGUCUAGAUUAUCGUCUCCUUUGUAGGAGGUGUGGUACUCCGAUUACGUUAGUGGAACUGCACAGUUCUAGCGAUCUCAUAUUCCUCUCAAAGAAAACAGAAAACGGCCUUUUUCAAAGGGUCUAUGAAGGACCACUUGCAAGCAAGAAUCUAAAGAUCUUCAACGUUGGUGAAGGGAAUCUAGAGCGGCAAUAUAAACUCGUUCUAAGAAACGAGUGUGUCUAUCUCCUCCAUGGACCCACUUAUAUAGGAGUUGAUAUUUUCACCGCCUGUAAAUCUAGGAUUGGACAGCAUGAAUGCGAGUUUAAGUUGCUAUUUGCCCUAGGAUCUAAUAAGAUAGAGUCUAUAAUGGAUAAUGACGGAGACGAGCUAGAGCCAGUUGAGGCGUUGCCCCAAUUGAAAGUUAAUCAGCGCCGCCAGAUUGUCUCUCCUGGAUCUGAUAGCGAAGACGAAGCUUAAGAGUACAGACUGGAAGAGACGAAAGGACAUAUAGUAUAUAAUUUUAUCUCGAGAGGUUACAGAGCUAAAUGUUCACCUAAAAUGAAGCCUUCCAAAUUCGAAUGUCUUAACUAAAGCCUAGAAUAGGUGGCCUCGCCAGCAAUCGCGAACGG